GGUUCCUGGCUUCCAAGAUGACCAAGAAGAGGAGGAACAACGGGCGCGCCAAGAAGGGCCGCGGCCACGUGCAGCCCAUCCGUUGCACUAACUGCGCCCGCUGCGUGCCGAAGGACAAGGCCAUCAAGAAAUUUGUAAUCCGCAACAUCGUGGAAGCUGCGGCCGUCAGGGACAUCUCCGAGGCCAGCGUCUUCGACUCCUAUGUGCUGCCCAAACUGUAUGUGAAACUACAUUACUGUGUGAGCUGCGCGAUCCACAGCAAGGUAGUGAGGAAUCGCUCCCGUGAGGCUCGGAAGGAUCGGACGCCCCCGCCCCGAUUCAGACCUGCAGGUGCUGCCCCCAGACCCCCUCCAAAGCCCAUGUAAAGAGCUGUCCAUCAACAUUCCUGAACCGAUCAGAGGAAAAUAAAA